GUCUCUCCGUCAGUACGUCCGUCGUUUGUGUAAUCACAGCUGGGCGUUCCGAUAACCUGCAUCUUCUUCGGCGACAGGACCUAGGCGGGAAUCCUAACAGCUAUACACAUUGGCGAUCUUUGCGUCUGUACUUUGAUUCCUGAUAUCAGUUCACGUCAUAAUCAGACCUCGUGAUAGUUGACCAAAGCUGAUCGUCUCAGCCGCGUCCCAGAGCCCUGACACCUUUCCCACGUGUUGCUGAACGAUGCUGGACAUAUGAACAUGAACAAGCCGAAUCUACGUCAGAGUGAGUUCGUUAUAGUGCUGAUCCUGGCGAGCCUGUGGGAGGACUGCCUUUGCGUCACGGGGAUCUCGAGCCGUCGUCCACUUGACCAGGAUCUCGUCAACAACAUCUCAUCUCUCAACCUCAGCAUCACAGACCUCGGCAAACUAUGUGGUCGCGUGGGCGUGGAUGGGCGUGGGUGGCGGAUGUGUACCCGGUCCCCUGAAAUUGCGGGCGUGAUGCUGGAGGCCGCGUGGGUGAGCGUCGUCCAUUGUCAACGCGUCAUGCAGUACGAGCGCUGGAACUGCUCCCUCGGCCAUUCCCGCCUCAUGAUGGUCAAGAAAGUGUACCGGGAGACGGCGUUGCUUCAGGGUCUGUCGGCGGCCGCCCUCACGCACGUGGUGGCGCGGGCGUGCGCCUCGGGCCGCCUAACACGCUGCUCCUGUGACGAGUCGACCGUGACCCGGACGGAGAACAUGCGGGUGUGGCGCUGGGGCGGCUGUGGGGACAACCUGGCCUACGGCACCAGGUUCGCUCGCCGCUUGUUUGUGGGAAGGACUAAGAAAAGGAAGAAGACAAAGAACGGGAAAUCGUCACGGCGCAGCAGAGACUUCAAGUCCAGGAUCGACGCCCACAACGCCUUUGCGGGGAUGAAGGUGGUCCAGGAAGCAACAAACAGUGCCUGCAAGUGCCACGGCGUGUCUGGCUCCUGUGCCAUGAAGACGUGCUGGCCUCAGCUGCCCUCCUUCACCCACUCCGCCCGCGCCGUUAAGACCCUCUACGAUAACGCCGUUUUGGCCGACGCCAUCAACGAGGUCACCGGGAAAAGGAAGCGGAAGCGCAACCGAUCUCGACGAGAGGUGGUCCGAAGCUUCAUCGGAAACGAAUCCCCUUCCGAGAUCGAAGUCGCGCGCCCAUUGCCGACGUCUGCCCUCCAGCCCGCCAAUCCCGCCGUCGGCCUCGCCCCCGCCCCGGUGCCUCGGAGACGAAAGCGCGGAGAUCCGACCCGAAGCCAGGCCAAGCCACGUCGCGAAUCCGCAGGCCGCAGACGCAAUCGGGACGACGCCAAGCCUCGCAAAACGCGCAAACCGAAGCGCACGAAAUCCGCCUUCGGGGACCCUCGAAAAUUCGUGUACCUCGACGACUCGCCGAACUUCUGCCGCAGGACCAAGUACGGGCCGGGGACGCAGGGGAGGGAGUGCCAGCUGGGGUGGAACUGCGAGAGCCUCUGCUGCGGCCGAGGCUACGACACCAUCAACCGUCUCGUCGAGGAACAGUGCAAGUGCAAGGUGGUGCUGCGUUACCGCGUGCAGUGCCACACCUGUUCGAAAAUGACGGAGAUUUAUACGUGCAAAUAAGAGAACAGAAAGAACAUGAGGAGACGUGCAUUUCCAAAUCGGGGAAGUGAAAGAACCGAGGAUGACGCAUAUAUGGGACCAAAGUCGUUGAUCUAGCGCCUGUGUUUACAAAAAAUGACAUUUGACCAAAAACGUUUCGUAUGAAUGAACACUGUUCGAUCUCUAGUAUUUUUAAGGAUAAUGACUAAUAUUUGUUAAUAAUGAUCAUAAUGAAAUUAGAUAAUAAUGUAGUUAUCAGGAUACGUGCGUAAAUAUGAUGGCAGAUAGAUAAGAAUGCUAACAAAAAUAUUUGACCGAAAGAAAGGUGACCCAAGAGGAAACUUACUAUCCUUAUAUUCUUACUAUAUUUAUCGCUUCUUUAUCUGUUUUGUGAAACAGACGAGGGACAGAUCUGUUACCAGUGCGACUUGUAACCACAUAAACACAGACAGAAUUAUGCUUAUCUCACUAUUGAGUUUUUACUAAUGUCUUUAUCAAACGUAUUGUAAUGAAAUUAUGGAAUCAUUUUAAGCUCAUAAAGUAGGUUGGUGAUGUAUUUAC